UCAUGUUAGGAGGACAUUUGCUAUCCAGCCGUUUGCCGCUCCGUUUCGUGGCCGGUUCCUGGUGUCUAAUGGCCGUCGUCCUCGUCUACGCUUACACCGGAACGCUCAUCUCCCACAUUUCCUUGUCUAAAUACGAAUCGGUUAUCAACACCUUUGACGAUCUGGCGGCCAGCACAAAAUUCCGCAUUAUCACCCAAAGAGGAAGCCUAUCAGCCGAAAUCAUUUUGAACUCGAAAAUAGAUGCGCUGAAAACCCUCGGCGACUCGCUCAGACAGAAUCCUGAAGAUCUUCUCCUUUCGUUACCCGGAGAAACUGAACAAAUUCUGCUCUCCGGUUGCUGCGCUUACGUCGAAGUUGAUUCAAUUCAUUUCCAUUACAAGAUUGAUAGAAUGGAUUCCACAUUUCUUUGAUUGGCUUUCAUCAGGUCAAGAGACUUGGGGAGAUGCUGGUGUACAAGAGCAUGGCGGAACAUGGCGGCGAAUGCAAAUUGACCUUUGGAAAAGAAUUGGAUUAUUCACAAGUUUGGAGUUUCGGCGUAGCUAAAAACUUUCCUCAUUUAUCCAAAAUUAAUAGAGGGUACAUUACGUCAUUUUGAUGGAAUUAAGACAAAUUUCUCACCGAUCCGACACUUUAACAGGCUCCAAACGAUGCGUGAAACGGGACUCUAUUCUCGAAUUACCCAGCGGUAUUUGAAGCCGAUCGACAAGUGUUUAGCGAGGGAGGCCUACCGACCAAAGAAAAGCCAAUUGACUCUUUACGACAUGACCAGUUCUUUUAUUGUCCUCGGCCUAGGUGGCGGCUUUUCUUUCCUGGUUUUUCUAUUGGAGCUGUUGGUUUCAUCUCGUUUCUUCAGGACGAAAACAUCCGCUGCUCCGGAACCAUCAGUUUCCACGGUGUAGUAACGGUGUAGUAACGGUGUAGUAACUGUGUAGUAACUGUGUAGUAACUGGUUAAUAUUGUAAC